AUAAAAUCGGUAAUUGUAUAUUUUGUAACACAGCUAGCUGGUUAGUGAAUAAGGACGAUGUUAAAGUUUGACUUCAUCGCGAUUAUUUUAAUAGUGUCUCUGCUAGUUUUCACUACAGUGGCGGAAACAUAUGAUGACGUCGACGACUCAUCGUCCAACGAAUCAAGUACAGACGAAGAAGAUUCAAGUGAACCAAACUGUGUUUGCAACACCACCCAACCGAUAUGCCCACAAAAUGAAGUGUACUCAAACUGUUCCAAUGGGUUAUGCCAGUUAAAAUUGUGCACCCAAUACGGAAGUCCGAAACCAUAUUGUCUAAGAUUCAAUGUAAGCAAUUGCAAAGGCGGGUGUAUAUGUCAAAAUAAGUACUUGAGAAACCCUCAAGGUGUCUGCGUACCUCAAGAACAAUGUCCAAAAUAUUUAUGUAAGGACAAUGAAGUAUAUUCCAACUGUACUAAUGGGGGAUGUGAUGCGAGGAAUUGUUCACAAUUAGGGUCACCUGUACCAUGCGUCAAAUUAGAUCCAGCUGAUUGUAUAAGAGGCUGCGUUUGUGUUAAAGGCUUCUUGAGAUCUAAGAAUGGAACGUGUAUCCCAUCAGAAAAUUGCCCAAUUGUUUGCAAAACAAAUGAAGUGUACUCAAACUGUACCAAUGGUGGAUGCCAGGCAAAGAGAUGCUCUCAGCUAGGCUAUCAAAUCCCUUGUGUAGAUUACAACUCUGCUUCGUGCAUCAAGGGAUGUGCCUGUAUAGAUGAUUACGUGCGAAAUGACAAAGGAGUUUGUAUACCCAUUGAUCAAUGCCCAUCUUGCGGUGGAGACGUGAAUGCAAUGCGUGGUUGUGGUAAUUGUGGAAGGCAUUGUUCUAACUACAAGAUUAAAAAGCCUAGAUGCCCACGUAUACCGUGCUAUAUCAACGAUUGUAAAUGUAAACCAGCCUACGUGUACGAUGACAAUAUUCAAAAAUGUGUAUUACCUAAAGAUUGCACACCAGAAUGCGGCAUUUUUGAAAUAUACUCUAAUUGUUCGAGAAUAGGAUGUCAACCUAAAAAAUGCUCUGAAGUUGGAUUACCCAUUCCAUGUGAUCCUAAAACCUGUGUCAAAGGUUGCAUUUGUAUACAAGACUAUCUGCGAGCUGAUAAUGGAACCUGCAUACCUGCAAACCAAUGCCCUCCAAGAUGUGGACAAAAUGAAGUGUACUCAAAUUGUUCUAAUGGUGUAUGCCGAUUGAAAUUCUGCACACAAUAUGGAAACCCGUUACCAUUCUGUCCAAGAUUCAACAUCAGCAAUUGCAAGGGCGGUUGCAUAUGUAAAAACAGAUACUUAAGAAAUCCUGAGGGACUUUGUGUGCCACAGGAACAAUGUCCAAAAUACUUGUGCUCGAAGAACGAGGAAUAUUCCACCUGUACCAACGGAGGAUGUGACGCGAGAAACUGCUCGCAGUUAGGGUCACCUGUACCAUGUGUCAAGUUAGAUCCAGCAAAUUGUAAAAAAGGAUGUGUUUGUGUGAAAGGUUAUUUGAGAGCUGACAAUGGAACUUGUAUCCCUUCAGACAAGUGCCCUCCAAAAUGCGGAAGAAAUGAAGUGUAUUCGAAUUGCUCUAAUGGUAUGUGCCGAUUUAAAUUCUGCACACAAUAUGGAAACCCGUUACCAUUCUGCCCAAGAUUUAACAUCAGCAAUUGCAAGGGCGGUUGCAUAUGUAAAAACAAAUACUUAAGAAAUCCUGAGGGACUUUGUGUGCCACAGGAACAAUGUCCAAAAUACUUGUGCUCGAAGAACGAGGAAUAUUCCACCUGUACCAACGGAGGAUGUGACGCGAGAAACUGCUCGCAGUUAGGGUCACCUGUACCAUGUGUCAAGUUAGAUCCAGCAAAUUGUAAAAAAGGAUGUCUUUGUGUGAAAGGUUAUUUGAGAGCUGACAAUGGAACUUGUAUCCCUUCAGACAAGUGCCCUCCAAAAUGCGGACGAAAUGAAGUAUACUCAAAUUGUUCAAACGGUAUAUGCCGAUUGAAAUUCUGCACACAAUAUGGAAGUCCGUUACCUUUCUGCCCAAGAUUUAAUAUGAGUAAUUGCAAAGGUGGUUGCAUAUGUAAAAACAAAUACCUCAGAAACCCUCAAGGAGUUUGUGUACCACAAGAACAAUGUCCAAUAUAUUUAUGCACUGGCAAAGAAGUAUAUUCUACCUGCACCAAUGGAGGAUGUGAAGCGAGAAACUGCUCACAGUUAGGGUCACCUGUACCAUGUGUCAAGUUAGAUCCGGCUAGUUGUAAAAGAGGCUGUGUUUGUGUGGAAGGUUAUUUGAGAGCUGACAAUGGUACUUGCAUACCAAAAGCAAAAUGCCCUUCGGGAAAGAACAACAACCCGUGCAGAACUGAAGAUUAG